AUGACGUCCAAGCUCACCAUCAACUCCACCGUCAAGCUCAACUCGGGCUAUGAGCUCCCCGUCCUGGGCUUCGGGGUGUACAAACUGCCCGUCGAGUCCGCCACGGAAACCUGCGCAAAGGCCCUGACCCUCGGAUACCGCCACAUCGACUCGGCGUCGGCGUACCACAACCAGGUCCCCUGCGCCGCCGCCAUCGCCGCGUCCGGCGUGCCCCGCUCCGACGUCUUCUUCACCACCAAGAUCCCCAUGAAGGGCUGGCCGCUCUCGUACGACAGCGCCGUCGGCCUCGUGGACGCGGCGCUCGCCGACACGGGCCUCGGGUACCUGGACCUGGUGCUCAUCCACUGCCCCUACGGCGGCAGCGAGAACCGGCUGGGCGCGUGGCGCGCGCUCGUGGAGCUCGUCGAGGCCGGCAAGAUCCGCUCCAUCGGCGUGUCCAACUACGGCGUCCGGCACCUCGACGAGCUGGAGGCGCACGUGCGCGCGCUGGAGGCGGAGCGCGGCGGGCCCGGCAGGGGGGGCGUGCUCUCCGUCGGCCAGUGGGAGGUGCACCCGUGGCUGGCGCGCGAGGACAUUGUGCGCUGGUGCCGGGAGCGCGGCGUGGCCGUCGAGGCCUACUGCCCCAUCGUGAGGGGGGAGCGCUUCGGCGACGCCGGGGUCGCGGCGCUGGCGGCCAAGUACGGCAAGACGGAGGCGCAGGUCCUGCUGCGCUGGAGCCUGCAGCGGGGGCUGGUGCCGCUGGUCAAGAGCGCGACCGAGUCGCGCAUCGCCGAGAACGCGGCCGUGUUCGACUUUGAGCUGACGGACGACGAGGUCGAGGGGCUGGCCACGGACGAGUACAGCCCUUGCGCCUGGGACCCUACGGUCGAGCCACUCGACAAGUAG